AUGGCAGAUCUCCAGAGCCCUGCUCAAAAGGCUCUGCAGAUAGAAUCACCAGAGCUCCCUGGACAGCUGCACAAUCUCGGACUGUCUCUAUACAACAGAUACUUAUCGACUGGGGCAAUGUCAGAUCUCGAAGAAGCCAUUCAAAUGGCACAAAAAGCUGUCGAUGCCACUCCGGUAGACCAUCCUGACAGAGCUGGAUGUUUAAAUAAUCUUGGAGCCUAUCUUAGUGAUAGAUUCGAGUGGACCGAAGCAAUUUCGGAUCUUGAUCUCGCUAUUUGUAUAGGACAGCAGGUGGUGGAUGCUACUCCACUAGAUCAUCCAGAAAUGCCUCCACGAUUGAACAAUCUUGCAUCAGGCCUAGAGAGCAGAUAUAAAAGGACCGGUGCAAUGCCGGAUCUCACGAAUGCUAUCCAUAUAGCUCAACAAGUUCUGGAUCAAACACCAUCAGGUCAUCCAAACCGAGCUACAUACUUAACCAAUCUUGGAUUAUAUCUGCGCCAGAGACAUUUGCGAACUGGAUCAAUGCCGGAUCUUGAAGAUGCUAUUCGUAUAGCCCAGGAAGCUGUGGAUACCGCUCCACUGGACCAUCCCGAUAUGGCUAGAUGCUUGAAUAAUCUUGGACUACACCUGCAUCAUAAAUACGCACAGACUGACGAAAUGUCAGAUCUCAAUAAUGCCAUCAAUAUGGCUCGACAAGCUACGGAUUCAACACCACUGAACGACCUAGACAGGCCUGGGUGGUUAGGUAACCUUGCAAUGUAUCUAAGGGAAAGAUAUCUUCGCACUGGAGCAACAUUGGAUAUUGAAGAAGCUAUCAGUUUAGUUCAGCAGGCUAUCGAUGCUACUCCGCUAGGUUAUAUUGACCAAGUAGGAUUUUUAGACAUUCUUGGAUUAUGUCUAAGUAACAGACACGCGCGCACCGGAGCAAUUUCGGACCUCGAAGACUCUAUUCGCAUAGCACAGCAGGCUGUGGAUGCCACUGCUGAAGGUGAUCCAGGAAGGGCUGCACGGUUGAAUAUUCUUGGGACAUGUCUAGAGGACAGAUACAAGAGGACUGGGACGAUAGCAAAUCUCACGAAUGCUAUUCAUAUAGCCGAGCAGGCUUUGAAUGAAACACCGCUAGACCAUCCAGAGCGAGCUGGGUACUUGAUUAAUCUUGCACUAUACCUUGGUGUUAGAUUUGAGCAGACUGGAAAGGUGUCGGAUCUUGAAAGUGCUAUCCGUAUAGCCCAGGAAGCUAUGGAUACUAGUUCGCUCCCACCAAACCAUCCAUACAAGGCUAGGAUCCUAAAUAACCUUGCGGGGCUUCUAUUGGAUAGAUAUGAGGGGACUGGAAAUAUGUCACAUCUUGAUGAGGCUAUUCAUAUAGCCCAGAGAGCUGUGAAGGCCAUCCCCCAAGAUUCUCCAGAUCACGACAAACCACUGAUCAAUCUUUCGAUUUGCCUAAACAAUAGGUAUAAGAGGACUGGACAACUAUCGAAUCUCGAAGAAGCUAUUUGUCUAGCCCAAAGAGUCAUCGAUAGCACCCCACUAGAUCAUCCGCAAAGGGCCGUACGGUUGAUUCGUCUUGGGGAAUAUUUAGCGGAUAGAUAUAUUCGAACUGGAGCAAUAUUGGAUAUUGAAGACGCUAGUAGCAUCACCCAGCAAGCUGUGGACGCUACUCCACCAGACCAUUCAGAACAUGCCUUACGGUUGAAAAGCCUCGCAAUACACCAAUGGGGUCGCUAUUGGGCCACAAAAACAAAAGUGCAUCUUGAAGCAGCUAUUUUUACGUCUCGAAAAGCUAUAGAUGGCACCACGCUCGACCAUCCAGAUCGCCCUCAUCGCUUGAAUAUUCUUGGAUUGUGUCUUGAUGAAAGGUAUUCACUGACUGGAGCGAUGUCGGAUCUCGAAGACGCUAUUCGCAUGGCCGAGGAAGCCGUGGAUAAUACUCCGCAGGAGCAUCCAGAUCGACCUAUAUGGCUGAAAAAUCUUGGGUCAUUUCUCAAACAUAGAUAUGAGCAGACUGGAGUAGCUUCAGACCUCGAGAAGUCCCAACAAAGCUUUCUCUUUGCUCUUUAUCAGCGCACAGCCGUCAUUAGCUGUCGCGUAGAUGCUGGUCGCCAUCUUUUAUCGUCACCAGAAAUCCUUCAAGACCUCAACCAGGCCUAUUCUAUCAGCAAGACGACAAUCGAGAUGAUUCCCCUUUUAGCAUUUCGCUCCCUCCAGAAUUCUGAUAAACGGCACCUUUUGUCAGCCGUUGUUGGGCUGUCCUGUGACGCGGCUGCCAUUGCUUUGUCCAGCCAAAAAGGGUUAGUUGCUGCGAUUGAGUUUCUUGAGACUGGCCGUGGCGUCAUCGCAGCCUCUAUUUUUGAGCGAUUGGAGACACACGAAUUGGAAAAGAAACACCCAGAGCUGGCUCACACUCUCAAUGCUUUACGGGACAACCCCGACCCAUCGUCCUCCGGGGUUUCCUCUGAUAUCGCUAAGUACUCUGACACAAAUGUGCAGUUGGAAGAUGAUCAAAAUCGUGAACAUUCGCUCCAGGCAGCUACUAUUUUGGAAAAAAUUCGCUUAGAGCCAGGUUUUGAGCGGUUUCUCCUGUCCUCAACGGAAGCCGACAUGUUGGAGGCCGCAUCAACUGGACCAAUAGUAAUUAUCAACGUCAGCUCUCAUCGUUGUGAUGCUUUGAUCAUUCAGAACUUUAGCAUUCGACUCCUCGAGCUACCACUUCUUUCUAGAGCAGAUCUAGAUGUAUGGGCGGAAAAGCUGCAGUCACUUGAAGUACUUGAAUGGCUUUGGGAUACUGUUGUUCACCCUAUCCUUAGUGCACUAGGCCUCACCGAGCCCUCACAGAACGGUCGAUGGUUCCGUAUAUGGUGGGUUCCAACCGGUAUACUUAGUCGUUUUCCACUUCAUGCAGCGGGGUAUCACUUUCAGCGCAGCGGCAAAACAACGCUAGAUCGAGUUAUAUCAUCAUAUAGCUCGUCUAUUAGAGCAAUUGUUCAUCGUCGUCAACAAAAACUGCAAAAGCAUUCGGAGCUAAGAGAUCUCCCAGCUGCCACCAUCGUCACCAUGCAGCACACUCCAAAACAAGGAUCUUUAAAAUUUGCAGCCGUCGAAACGAAUACUGUGCGAGAUAUUUGUGAGUCGAUGAGGAUACCGUGCAUUCAACCUCGCCCGUGUAAAGCCGAUAUCCUAUCGGCUUUAGAGACUUGUUGGAUCUUCCACUUUGCUGGCCAUGGUCAGACGAAUCCAGUGGAGCCUUUACACAGCCAGUUGCUUCUUGAGGACUGGGAGGAAGAGCCACUUACAGUAGAAAGCCUCUUAGAGACCAAUCUCACCGCAAAAUCGCCUUUCCUAGCUUACCUCUCGGCAUGUGGAACUAGCCAGAUCUCGGAUGAGAGGUCUGUCGAUGAAAGCAUUCAUCUGGCUAGUGCUUAUCAGCUAGCUGGGUUUCGUCAUGUAGUAGGCACGCUUUGGAGUGUUGACGAUGAACUAUCAGUGGAUAUGGCUCGUAUAACUUACGAGUUUCUACGUGACAAUGGGCUGAGUGAUGAAUCAGUGAGCCACGGACUUCAUCAUGCCACUCGAAUGCUUCGAGACCAAUGGAUCGAAAGCGAGGGAGGGCUUUCGUCUGGAAGACCACGGGAUUUGAUACAACGAGAUGUUGAGAUGGAUUAUGUUGAGCCACCCCGAAAGCGGCCGCACUGGGUCCCUUAUGUCCAUUACGGCAGUUAA